AUGAUGAACCGAACGCUCUCCAUCCGAAAGAAGGAACCAGCCCGCCACCGGUUCAGCAUGUCCACCUUCCGCGGCCUGCAGGCGCCCGAGCUGAGCAAGAAGAUGAGCCGGCUCAUCAAGCAAGAGAACUCGGCCAUCUCAGCCCACGAGGCAGCCGGCCGCGAGCGCGUCAACAUCGCCGCCCAGCUCUCCGAAUGGGGCGAAGGCACCGAUGACGACGCCGUCUCCGACAUUUCCGACAAGCUCGGUGUGCUGAUGGCGGAGAUCGGUGAGCAGGAGGAUAACUUUGCGCAGAGCCUGGAGGAUUACCGGAGUCUCUUGAAACAGAUCCGGGAUACGGAGUCCUCGGUCCAGCCGUCGCGCGAUCAGAGGGCGAAGAUCGCGGAUGAUAUCCAGCGGCUGAAGCUGAAGGGGGACCAGAGCAAGGACAAGGUGGACGUUCUGGAGCAGGAGUUGGUGCGGGCUGAGGCUAAUAAUCUGGUUGCUGAGGCUCAAUUGACCAAUGUGACCAGACAGAAGCUCAAGGAGGCUUUUGAUAUCCAUUUGGCCGCAGUCAUUGAGCGCGGAGAGAAGCAGAUUCUGCUCGCGCGUCAUGCUCGCCGUCUCCUCAACUACCUCGACGACACCCCAAUCGUCCCUGGUGACGCACGACAGGCCUAUGAGCAUGCCGAUGCAGCGAAGCAGAUCCUUGAGGCUGCCGAGAAUGACCUAAAGUCAUGGGAGAGCACCGUCGAACCCAUCCACACCUCUGCAGGAGAGACCACUGGUGCUGGUAGAGACCAGGAAGGUCAAGGAGAAUCUGGGUUAACUGGAGCCGCUGGUAAUGCCAACGAAACUGGCACCGACGGCGCGAAGCAGGAUCAGCCACAGGUCUCCGGCGCUACCGGAACGCAGCCUGUCGCUGUUCCAUACUGA